UAAGAUUUUCGGCUUAACUGACUCAAUCGUAACACAAGGGAUGGAUGCCUUUUGCCAAAGAAGAAUUAUCUUUUCUGCUACAAUCUUGACAAUUUGUUCAAUUUAUUUUAAUGGGUGUGUAAUCUAGACCUCAUGAAACACAUAUAUUCGGUGACCUAGUAUUAAAAAUAAUAAAACAAAGUCGAAGAGUCUAUUUAUUUCACAUAAUUUCGACAUUUUAGGUGAGUUGCGGAGCCUGAAGAUAUAAAUUUUAGAGCUUGAGAUUUUAACACUCUUGUUUUCCAAGAAUUUCGCAAAAGAAAAUCGAUUCGUAACAAUGAAUGUAAAAAAAUGAAAUGAGGAACGGCAAACGUGUUAUAAAGUGAUAUUUCGAUCAUUAUUCAAAAUUUCAAGUGAGCUGCGGAGCCUGAAGAUGUAAAUUUAAGAACUUCAGAUUUUAACAGUUGUGUUUAAAGGAUUUUACAAUAAAAAAUAUAUUCUUGAAAACAUAUUUUGAAAAUCUGUGUAAAAAGUACUUUUUCGUUCCACCCUAAUAUGUAUGUAAAAUACAGUAUUGAAAAUCCGUACACGGGAGGAUUAUUCAAAAUUUUUAGAUGAGAAUUUUGAUGUGAAGGAAUGGGUAAAUGGAGCCUUCAGGUCCCAUAAAGAUGCUGCAGUCAGUAAAGAUCAAUAUGCCACAAAUUUAGUGAUGAAAUUACAGAUGUUUAUUCAAGAAGUCAAUAAUGUUAUAGAAGACUCCAGCCAGCAAGCCUUACAGAAUCUACCCAGGGUAAUGAGAGAAAUUGAAGCUGUUCGUCAAGAAGCAGCACUUCUUCAAGAUCAAAUGAGACUAGUGAAACAAGAUAUUCAAAAGGUUGAACAGGACACCUCUCAGUCCAUGCAGACUCUCUUGAAACUUGAUGGCAUAAAAUCUCGGAUGAAAGCGACUUCUGAUGCUCUCAAGGAAGCUGACAAUUGGACAACUCUUUCUGCAGAUGUUGAAGAAGUUUUUCUAUCUCAAGACAUCCAGGCUAUUACAGCCAAACUUGUUGGGAUGCAGCAGAGUUUGCAAAUGCUGGUUGAUACCCCAGAUUACCAACAGCGUUGUCAGCAUCUGGAAAAACUUCAAAAUAAGUUGGAGACCCUACUAAGUCCUCAAGUUGUAGCUGCAUUUAAUGCACAGUCACUAGAAGCUACACAGACUUAUGCAAAGAUAUUUGAGGACAUCAAUCGCUUGAGUCAGUUGUACAAAUAUUAUCACAAGUGUCAGAAGGUUCAACUGAUUAAUCACUGGAAGAGUAUUCUGGACACCAAUUCUGAUGACACAUUCUUAGAAUGGCUUACAGCAUUUUACGAUCAUCUAUUGUCUACUUGGCAUGGACAGAUAAAAUGGUGCAGUCAAGUAUUUCGAGAUCCUGUACCUAUUCUUUGUGACCUUUUCACAGAAGUCAUCAAGGACCUUGACCCAAGUUUGGAUGAUUGCCUUGCUGUAUAUAUCGAUGAGCAGGGUUCUAAUGUAACCUUAAUUAGUCUUAUCAACUUGAAACAGGUUUCUGAAAGAUUUUCCAAAAGUAUUGAGUCUGCUGUGGAACAUUGUAUGUCAGAUAAUCCAGAACAUGCAGUAAGUCUCCUGGAUCUACAGAAGAGUAUAUAUGCUGUCUACCAGCCAUAUCUGAGCAAAUAUAAACAUUUUGAAGAGGUUGCCCUUCAGUGUGAGCUUGAUAACAUCAGACUGGAUCACGAGGAAAUUGUUGAUUCUAUUGGUUUACUUGGAGAAUCUGUCAGCAAGCUGAUGUCUUCUGCUAAAAAGGCUAAUGAGAGGUGUAUCCAGUUUACUGAUGGCUUUGGAUAUCUGUACUUAUUGGAAGCACUAAAGAUGUUCUAUAUCAGUUACUGCCGAGAGUUCAAGAGAGUUCUGUCAAAUGUAAGGGCAAAGUGUUAUAUUGGUCGACAGCAGGAAGAUUUUGAAGAUUGGUCUCUAUUUCAACAAUCCUUACGGAUGAUUCAAAUCUGUGGAGAGUUGAUCAUACAGACUGAAGAACUUGAUAAAACCCUCAUCAAUAAUAUCAUCUCAACCUUAGGCAAAUACUUCUUACCCAGUCAGCAUUCACCACUUAAAGAAACUACUGAUAAAAAGACUGGCAAGAAAGUGUCUCUUUUCCAGCGCCAUGCCUCUCUUUUGUUGGAAGAUGAAGCAGAUAUAGAAAUUCUUGAAGAGUUUGUCUUGAAACUUGAGGAAGGUGAUACACCAUCAGUGUUGUCUGAUGUCACCAAGGAAAUGUUCAAACUCAGUCAGGAAGUGCAUAAGUUUGGUUUUGAUAUUGUUUUUGCUCAGCUCAAGAAACAUCUCGUUGGAAUGGCCAACAUGGAGGUGUGGACAUCCCUGAGUGCUGGAACAGCCAUAACCUCUGACCUUCCUGCAUUUAGUCUUUCACCUCAAGAAUACAUCACAAAGGUUGGUCAGUACUUAAUGACCUUACCACAGUUAUUGGAACCAUAUAUAAUCCAAGACAAUCAAGCUGUCACUGUAGCAUUGCAACAUGGACGUUUGCCAUACACUGAGGAUCAAGACAUUCCUGAACACAGUGCUGAUUUGUGGCUGCAGUCUAUUGCCCGAGGAACAAUGUUUUUGUAUUCAGAAGAAAUCCUGAAGAUUUAUGAACUCAGUCCGCAUGGCACCAAACAACUUGUCACAGAUCUUGAUUACUUAUGCAAUGUUUUGGAUGACCUUGGUCUAAGUGCAGAACAAAUGCAUGACAUCAAGCAGCUAUUGAAAGCUGAACCAGAUGAAUUCCGGCCUCUUGCUAGUCGAAUGCCUCAAAGACUGGCCAAUGUGAUAAGCCAGAUGAGAAACAUUGAGCUGUAAUAAUAGGCCGUAUGUUCCAGGAUACUUCAUAACAAAUUGUUGUUUUUAUUUAUUUUUGAGUGUAUGUGUGUAUAUAUAUAUAUAUAUAUAUAUCCCUGUCAAGAGGUACAAGCAAUAACAUACACAUGUAUGCACACAGUGAUAACUUCUGCCUACCAAAUUCACUUAUAAGGCUUUUGUCGGCCACACACAUGUACAAACAAGAAAAGGGCAUGAUACACAUUAUGUAGAGUUCAUAUUUGUAAUGGGGUAGUUGGUAACUCACUUGGCCACUCGGUUUCAUAGACACUAAACCAGGUGCCUUGUUGAUCAAAUAUCCAUGAUGGUUGCACACAAGUUUUCGUAUCUAUAAUACUCUGAAUAAUAGCCAUAUACAUUUUCAAACCAAGGUUACUUAUUACCUCAGUUUAAAUAUAUGCAAAAAAAAAAACAGAACAGCACACCAAGUAUUGAAUACUGAUACACACACAGGUAACAUACAGAAAGAUCCAGUGUCUGCAUUUUCUGUUUAUCUGUUCAUAAUCAACAAUAUUCAUUAUUAUGUCAUUAACAUAUUUCCUUUAGGGGAUAUUUGGAAGUAGUGAUAUCCAUGCCUUUCUGAAGUGGGGUUACAAAUACAGGAGAAAUCAAAUGGUUCUGCUUACCAAGAGUUUACUCUAGAGCACACUCACAUGCAUGUAUAUAUGUUUAUUCAGGGGACGAAAUUAGAAGACUAAUCAUGUUACUUCAGAUGAUUUUGAAACUCAAAAGAAACAUGCACUCUAUCAUGUUACUGAGCACUUUACUUUAAAUUGUGGUUCUCCCAGGCUUCUAAAUGUGUAUACACACACAAACACACACAUAUAGGUUAAAUAAGGUUCAUUAUAUUCAUGGAGUAGAAAUUAGAGACAUGUAAAUACAUAGAAAUCAUCUAAUAUUUUGAAGUGGUGGCAGAGGAUACAUUUUAACACAUUUUUUAAUUUCCAUUAACAGCCAAAAGUGGUUUUUAAUUCACUACUGGCAACAGUUAUCACAGUAUCAAUGAUUUUUUCUUGUUUUUCCUUCUGUUGGGUGAUGUGAGCAUAUAUACAUAUAUAUUAUUAGUUUUGUCUGUUGUUGAGGAACUUGCCAGAACAAUUCAGUAUCAAGAGCGAAACAUUCCAAUCUCAUGUAACAGCAGCAGGCAGAAGACUUUUAUAAAUAAGCUGCCUUUCCUUUCCUUCAAUAAAAGACUUAUUUGCUCAGACAGAAAGAAAAAUUUUUAUUAAUAAGAAAUUGUAAAUAAAUAAAUAAAAAAAGGAGGGACAAAAUAUAUCCCGAAUUAUGUUA